AUGGCGCGGGCCGUGCCGCCGACGGGCUCCGGCUCGCAGGGCUUCCACGAGCUCCUGCAGCGGCUCGCGUCCGCGCACCACUCGGAGGUGGAAGAGGUGCGCGCGCUUCGCAGAGAGAACGCCAUCCUGAGAGCCGCGCUCGGGCCGCGGGGCACAGUCCCGACCACCACGAAUACGACGCUCCCUGGCAGUUCUACGGGCCGCUCCACCGUCGGUGUCCAUGACUUGGCCGCCUCCAGCAGCAACCAAGGGGACGACGUCGUCCAUUGCUACUCCUCGGAGGAUGAGGGCGAUCGGGCGUCUGAGCUCGUGGGUGACAGGGAGCACCACGCCACGUCCGAGCAGGAGUGCACGCUUCAGGCCCACUGGCUGAAGGCGGAGCACCCGAAGGAUCCUCAUACGCUUACCUGGUCCGUCAUUUCGCACGUGGAGAUGAGCGCCAUGUCCCGCGCGGAGUCGGCAGAGCCAGACUCGGAGGACAUGGAGUCCCAUAAAGGCUCCAACAACUGGUUCCCGCAGUAUCCCAACAGCCAGUCGCGCAUCCUCUGGGACGGCGUGGCGGCCAUGCUGGUGUUCUACGACGUCGUCAUGUUGCCGCUGGUGGUCUUCAAGUUCCAGAGGAACGACUUCAUGAUAUCGAUGGACUGGAUCGCGCUGAUCUUCUGGACGAUCAACAUGCCAGCCUCCCUGUGCGUUGGCUACGUGGCCCAUGAGCAACUGGUAAUGGACAUGCGGAGGAUCCUGCUGCACUAUUUGAAGACCUGGUUCAUCCUGGACGUCCUCAUCCUGUUGCCGGAUUGGACGUUUAUCAUCGUCAGCGGAGGAGGCCAGUACGAAGAUUCAGCCGGCCUCAGCCACGCCGGGCUGUUGGGCGUGCUGCGCCUGGGCCGCAUGGCACGGCUGGUGCGCCUGCUGAAGCUGCGGAGGUUCUUCGAGAGCGUCUACUACAGAAUCGAGAGCGAAUACGUCAGCAUCCUGAUUCACAUCGUGCAGAUGAUAUCACUCGUGCUGAUUUUUUGCCAUGUGAUCGGGUGCAUGUGGUUUUACGUCGGCGACACGCAGGACGGGAAGCCAACCUGGAUGAACGUCCACGGCUACGACGAAGAGGACUGGUGGUACCAGUAUGCGCUCGCGUUCCACUGGUCCAUCACGCAGUUCACCCCGUCGACGAACGACAUCGCCCCGAAGAACAUGACUGAGCGGGUCACGGCCAUCUGUGUGGUGGUCUUCGCGCUGGUGGGCUUCACCUACAUCGUCGGCAGCAUCACCGGGUCGCUGGCGCAUCUCCGCAGCCUAUCGGAGGGGAGUGCGAAGAUGUUCUGGGACCUGCGCCGCUACCUGACCCACUUCCGCGUCCGGCCCACGCUGGCGCUCCGGAUCGAGAAGUACUUGGAGCACGCGUGGGCGCGGCAGCAGAAGGGUGUUCAUCCGAAAAGUGUGCAGGCGCUGGCCAUGCUCUCGGAGCCACUCCGGCAGGAGCUUGACCUGGAGAUCUACAGGCCCAGCCUGACGGUGCACCCGCUCCUCCUCAGCCUCGGCGAGGCCAGCCCGCUCACCAUGCGGCGCAUCGCACACUCGGCUAUCCGGGAGAGCAAGGCGGCGCGCCACGACCUGAUCUUCGUGCCCAGAGAGCCUGGCGUGAACAUGUUCUUCCGGGUGUCCGGCACGCUCUGGUACCGCGCGAACGGGGAUGUGCAGGACACGAUGGUGAGUCAGGCUGAGGAAGGCUGGGUGGCCGAGCCGGUGUUGUGGGUGAGCGCCUGGGAUCACAAGGGCGUGCUCACGGCCGCCUCCGACUCCGACCUGCUGAUGGUCGACCCGGUCCAGUUCGGCCGCGUGGUGACCCACCGCAGCGGCCGCUCCUACGAGAUGGCCGUGCAGUACGCGAGUGCGUUCGUGCAGUGGCUGAUGGUGCACGCGCAGGGCGAGGACAGCACCUCCACGGGCGAGGUGCUCAGGCCGGCGGACCUCGCCUCGCACGGCUUCGAGCAGAUCGGAUGGAUGCAGCAGGCCAAGCUCAGCUGGUCGAACAACCUGCGCCUUGGUCGAACAUCGGCAAUACUAGGUUUACGCGGCCGUUUUGCUAGUAUUUAG